AUGAACACUCCUGCUGCCUCCGAAAGUGGGCCUUAUUCCACAAACCAAAGACCCUUUUUUUAUGCACAUGCAACAGCACAACAGCGCUUCUCUAACCCAUGGCUCCUUGGCCCUGUGUACAACCCAUAUGGCAUUCCUACAGCAGGCAUAAGAAGCGGCAAUCCGUAUUUCCCAUUAUAUUCUGUUCCUUUCCACGAGUAUCCUGGAUACAUAGUCCCACAGCAUCCCAUGCAUGUAAGAGUUAACAGAAGACCUUAUUUUAACGGUCACCCACCCUCGCCCAUGUUUUAUCAGGCCACACGUUUCAGGCAUUAUGGCCCUGGAAAACGAACGGAGACCAAAGAAACACAGACUGAUGUUAAGCAGACUGACAGUAAAGCAAGAAAACAUCAGGACCACGGCAUAGAAACAAAAGGUUGUGAUGCUGGAAAUAUGGCCUGUGUCUCAUCUGCUGCUGGAAAAGGAAGUGAAAGUUCUUUAGAAACACCAGAGAUGAUUGUGUCUUCUCCUGUUUCAGACAGAGACUUUGCCAAGAGCUCUUCAAGUUCUGUACAGUUUCGAAGCCUUCCUCCACCAGGUUACGCCUUUGAGAAAGAAGAAGUUAGAAUAGAGUAUGCCAAUGAUGGUGCACCUUCCAUUCAACUAUGGAAGUCUGUCAAAGAAACAAUCCCUUUGUAUGAUGUGGCAAAGAAGGAGAAUGUAGUGCAAAGAGAUGUGUUUGCUCUGAGCUCUUGUGAAGAAGUCAUGUAUGGGUCUUCUGAACAGGGACAAUUGGUGCCCAGUAUUUCUUACCCAGAGGAGGAAAAGACUCUAGAAGAUAUGCAGGAAGAAGAGACUCAAUACAAAGCAAAGCUGGAUUCAGAAAAACAGGGAUCUACAAGUUAUAGAGUAAGCACUCCUGUAGAUGAUAGUGGAACAGUGCAACUGUCUGAAUCAGCCAGACCUGACCAGCCACUAACAAAGCAAGAUGUGCUAAUGUCCAAACGAUCCUCUGGUGUAAAGAGGUUGAGGAGUUCAAGAGCUCCUCCAGAUGUGUCAAACCUUGUUCAACAAAGGGAGCUAUUUCCAUCUGGCAUGGAAAUAACAAAAGAUUCCUAUUUCCCAAAGAAACUGAAUGAAAAUGGUGAUGUUACCAAUAAAGAUUGGGCAACUUCAGAAUCAAGUAUGUGGUGUAACGAGUCAGAAAAAUACCUUCCUUCUGAGAGCUGGUUGGCUUGUUUGGAUAAUACAGAUGCUAACUUAAACUAUGAAAAAUAUAUGUCCCGAAGAAAGCGCCCAAGUAUACUCAGUGUUACUUCUGAUGAGAUGUCUUCCAUUGAAGAAGAGUCAUCCAUUGACAAUGGAACCAUGCCUUAUUUUGUCCCUGACUACAUGCUUCAGAAGGGUAUGUGUACCUUCAAGAAAAGCACAGAGGGCUUGGGAAGAGAGAGAAUUAAAAGUGGGGGCUCCCUCAAUGAAGAUGAGGAAGUGGAAGGGCAUGAGAAAGCCAAUAUUGGUUAUAGCCAGAAUGUGAAAAAAUGUUCAAGAGUCAAGGCUAAAGAGAUCUCAAGUCGAACUAAAAAAAUAGACAAUAUUUUCAAGUCUUCUAGCAGUAGGCAGCUCUAUCCUCACAAGAAAAAGUCUUCAAAGAGCUUAUCUCCAUCAGAAGCUGAUGACUCUGAAGAAUACUGGGUAAAGGAACCAGAGGAGGAUGAAGAAGAAGAUGAUGAAGAAGACGAGGAGGAAGAAGAGAAGGAAUACUUGAUUCAAGAAGCUGCACCUUAUGGAAGUUUGAACCCUAGUAAAAGUAGCCUCUACUGGACAAGUGGCCAGAAGGUGUUCUGGAGAGUCCCUAAAAAUGUUGUGCCAGUGCAUGCUCUUAAUUUCCCAUUGCAAGAAAAAGUGAAAAUGUCGGGAGUGGCUACUAAAUUGAAGAAGGAGCGAAAGCAAGAUGAGGAACUCUGUGGUGAUUUCAACUUCAGCCUGAAGAGGCCUACAGCAAGCCAGCUAGAAAUGUUUGAACCCAGACGAAAUUUGACACGAUAUACAGAAGUACGACCUGUUGCUGCAGACAAUUGGCUUGUAGUAGAUUCACCAAAGAAGAAAGGGGUGCAUAAACCUCCACAUAAACGUAGAAAUACAAGACAUGAUGAAGACGUUCAAGAAUGGGAGAAGCCAAAAACAUCCCAUCGCAAGGGGCGUGAAACAAGGAGAUCUCUUUAUAAAAGAAGAUAA